CCUCUCCGCUCCCGGCGCUGGAUCCGCAGCAGGAGCCCAUGGAGCCGGCGGGGCCGGAGCCGGGAGCCGGCGCGGGGCCGGAGCGGGGCGCGGAGGAGAUUGACAUGUCCCUGGAUGACAUCAUAAAGCGCCACAGGAAAGGACAAACAGGCGCAAAGUUAGUAGGGGACAAACGAAGGCAGCAAGUCAAGAACAGGAAUUCAGCAUAUGGAAAUGGGAGACCCAGGUUCCGUAUCUGGAUGCAACGCAACCUGCAAGGACCCAAUCGGUUUAGAAGAGGGUUUGGACAGCAGCCGUAUAACAGAAGACCAUUUCCAAGUGCCAUGGCUGGUCCAAGAGGAAGAGUAGCUGCCACAUUAAAUGGAGCAAGCCCUUUAAACCGGCAGGCGUUAGCUCAAGAGGGCAACCAGCAUGAUGAAGUGCUUACAAAAAGCAGUGACAGCGGACAGCCUGAAGCACAGAGACAGCUACCCCAGCGCCCCAAGAGAUUCAGGACAGCGGGAGUCCCUGGCCAAGCCCCAGCUAGAAGGCCUUUCACGCUAAACAAGAGACCAGCCUUCCAGCAGAGGCAAUCCAAAGUCAGCUUUACCAGAGGGGUCAGUGUGCGACAAGCUCUUAAAACAGAACCACACACAGAAGGGAAACGACCAUGGAUGAGAAGGUGGCAGCUGCAGCCCAGUUCUGGAGCAGUUCUAACCAUUUCUGUCUGUAAUCCUCAGGCAAGCCACACCAAUAUGCCGAGAGGCAAGCGGCCGUUCCUCAGAGGCAGAAGACCCCCGCCAAGGACAGCCAAGCCCCAGCCCCGAGGAGUGCCGCUAAGAUUCAACUUCCGUGCAAUGGCGAAUCAGACCAACCUGACCUUGGAUGAGAGAUUCUCCGGCCUGAGGAACAAGAGGCGUUUUACGGCAGCGAGGAACAGCAGCCGGACAGUCAUGCUGCCCUAGUGCCACAUGCAUGGCCCAGGGAUGGCGGAUCCAGCCCAACCUGAAUAACGGGCCACCAAUAAAAGGCAAUUGAUUCCCUUUCUGCCGGC